AUGAAAGAUAAACUUCUUUAUUUCCUGCUCCUCCCUGCAUUGUUGUUCCUGCGGCUGCCCUCUGUGGUCAGCGGGGACUGCUGGCUGAUUGAGGGGGACAAAGGCUAUGUUUGGCUGGCGAUCUGCAGUCAGAACCAGCCCCCCUAUGAGACCAUACCCCAGCACAUCAACAGCACGGUUCAUGACCUGAGGCUGAACGAGAACAAGCUGAAAGCUGUGCUCCUCACCUCAAUGUACCGCUUCACCAACCUCACUGACCUCAACCUCACCAAGAACGACAUCAGCUACAUUGAGGACGGGGCCUUUGCCGGACAGGCCAACCUUCAGGUUCUCCAGCUGGGUUACAACAAGCUGACAAACCUGACGGAGGGUAUGUUACGAGGCCUGGGUCGGAUGCAAUGCCUCUUCCUUCAGCACAACCUCAUUGAGGUCAUAGCCACCAAUGCCUUCUGGGAGAGCCCCAGCCUCAGUAGCCUAGACCUGUCGUCCAACAAGCUGGCCCGCCUGGACCCGUCCACCUUCACAGUCCUCAACCGGCUAAUGGUGUGCGAGCUAGCCGGGAACCCUUUCCACUGUGGCUGCGAGCUCUAUAGCUUCCUCACCUGGCUGGAAGCCUUCAACAACGUCACGCACACCUACGACCGCCUCCAGUGUGAGACCCCACGCGAACUCAAUGGUUACUCCAUUCUGGGCCCCUCACUGGGACACGGGAGGAAUGCCCGAGUCAUCCUUUCCACCAGAUGUCAAGACGGCGUGAUCAUUCCAGGCAUUUCGUCAACCGGACCAGAAAUGGAUGGCUCCGGCAUGGGUUUGGACAAUCCGGACCCCGGCCUGUAUCACCAGCCGAGCUUUUCCUCCACCCCUCACCCUACCAACAACCACCAGAUCUCAAUGAAGCUCCAGACUGUGUCCCUCUUCAGCGCCUUAGUGGUGGUUCAGAUACCACGACCAUACAGUAAGAUGUACGUUAUGUCACAGUACAACCACACCUUCGUGGCGGACAUUAUGCCCCUGAAUAACAAGAGGGAGGUGGUAACAUUGGAUAAACUCCGGCCACACACCAACUACACCUACUGUGUUGCCUCUGUUGGGAAAACCCAGCGCUACAACCACACUUGCCUGUCCUUUACCACACGGGCUGUGGGACCAGCGGACCCCCGCAGCAACCCAUCCACCACGACACACUAUAUAAUGACUAUUCUGGGGUGUCUCUUCGGCAUGGUCAUUGUACUGGGCUGCGUCUACUAUUGCCUCAAACGGCGACGCAUCCAGGAGGAGAAGGAGAAAGCUUUGAGUGUGAAGAAAACCAUCCUGGAGAUGAGGUAUGGCCCAGAGACGGCAGCAGCGGUGGCCAGCGACACGGCUGCCAUGCAGCGUCUACAAGAUCAGGUCCUCCACCAACACCACCACGGGGGGGCUGCGGGCAGCAAGUUGCCCCCCUCGGCCUCCUCUAGCACAGGCAUGCUCCACGGCUCUGCCAACACCACUUCUUCCCGCCUCUCCAGUUUACCACAGGUAGAGAACAUGGCCAGCACCUUUUCCGAGGUCAUGGGCACCAAGGGGAGCUACAUGGACGUAAGGAAUGCUGUGGAGGGCCGAGAGGGGGAGAUGGUGGCGGUGAGUGCAGGUGGGGAGGUCGUUUUAGAUAUACGAGGCGGCGGAGCUGAAAACAGGAGAGACGUGGUUGAGGAUUCUGAUGAGGAUGGCCGUGGUUCAGCAUCAGAGAUCUCCACCAUCGCCAAGGAGGUGGACAAGGUGAACCAGAUCAUAAACAACUGCAUUGACGCUCUCAAACUGGAUGCUUCGACUAACGUGGAGAAUGCAAGUGUCAUGUCCUCCCCGCAUCCUCCAGCGAACCCCAAGUCCCAUCCUCAAACUCAAGCUGCUCCACAGCCUCAAGUUCACCCUCAACUGCACCAGAAGCCUCUUCCUCCCUCCAUGGCCCCAGUGCCCCUAGUGAUGCCCCUGUCAGAGCGUCCUGGUAUCAGCGGUGGGGGUUUCCUUUCUCCUCCAUACCGUGACCCACCCCCGGCUAACGCAGUGCGGCCCCUUCAGAGGCAGUUGAGCGCAGACACCGCCGUGGCCAGGAACCGUUGCGGAACCCCUGCCAUCGGGGGGCCGGUCAAGAGUGGCCGGGUGUUCAGCAUGGAUGUACCUGAGAAACGUAACGACCCGCCCAAGUACCCAUCAGAAAAAAGCAGCCCAGUGGGUAGUUCAGUAGGGGGCUGCAAUGGAAUGGGGAGUGUCAACGGGGGCGGCGGGGUGAGCAUGAAUGGCAGUGGCAUAGCAUGUAGUAAUGGAAGUGGAGGUCGAGGUGGGGCAUCUGGUUCUGGUCCUGGUCCUGGCCUGCAACAGAAGCAGCAGCACCACCACCUGGAGGUUCAGUCCGAUUACCACAGCUCCGAACACCGCCAUUCCUUCCCUGCGCUCUACUACGAGGGCGGCAGCGAGUCACCCUCAAUGGCCCAGAAAGAGUCCUUCCUUAAACCACUGGGGCGCUCCAAAAGGGAUGCCGCAGCUGCCUAUUCACAGCUGUCGCCUGCCCGCCACCACCACCACUACAACUCGGGUUACUCUUCUAGUCCCGAGUACUCAUCGGAGAGCACACUGCGGAUCUGGGAGCGAUUCCGUCCAUACAAGAAGAGUCCGCGGGAGGAGGCGUCUUACAUCGCAGCGGGCCAUGCCCUGCGCAAGAAGGUGCAGUUCGCCAAGGAUGAGGACCUUCAUGACAUUUUAGACUACUGGAAGGGUGUUUCCGCCCAGCAGAAGCUGUAA